AUGUUUCCUUUGCAAAGUCCACAGAUGCUGCAGAUGCUAGAGAAGUCCUUAAGGAAGAGCCUCCCCGAGUCCUUAAAGGUCUAUGGAACUGUCUUCCACAUAAACCAGGGGAACCCAUUCAAGCUAAAGGCCCUGGUGGACAAAUGGCCAGAUUUUAACACAGUAGUUGUGCGCCCUCAGGAGCAGGACAUGACAGAUGACCUUGAUCACUACACCAACAUCUAUCAAAUCUAGUCUAAGGAGCUCAAGAGCUGUCAAGAAUCUCUUGCCUUAUCAGAUGUCAUUAACUGGAAACAACAUUUGCAGAUCCAAAGUUCACAGUCCAGCUUGGAUGAGGUGAUACAAAGUCUUGCUGCUGCUAACUCGGUCCAGGUCAAGAGAACACAGUGCAUUCUGUACAUGAUGCCUCAGACAGCAAGGAAACUGGUGCCUUUCCUGGUGGAUACGAAGAACUUACGUCCUGAAUCUGGGGGACCCCAGAUCAAGAACCAAGAGAUGUUUAAACUCUCAUUGCUGGAUAUUACGCAUGCUGCUUUGGUGAAUAAAUUCUGGCAUUUUGGUGGCAAUGAAAGAAGCCAGAGAUUCAUUGAGCGCUGUAUCCUGGCCUUCCCCAGCUCCUGUCUUCUGGGGCCUGAAGGGACCCCUGUGUCAUGGGCUCUAAUGGACCAGACUGGGGAGAUGCGAAUGGCAGCCACUGUGCCUGAGUACCGGGCCCAAGGCCUUGUCUCCUAUAUAAUAUAUACUCAGACCCAGGUUCAAGAGAAGCUUGGCUUCCCUGUGUAUAACCAUACGGAGAAAGCCAACAAAAUCAUACAGAAAAUGAGUCAAAGUCUGCAUCAUGUCCCCAUGCCCUGUGACUGGAACCAGUGGAACUGUGCACCUCUGAAGCUGGCCUUCAACAGAAGCUAG